GUGCUGGCAAUGGUACCCGGGUCCUGUGGGUCCCCUGCAGGUGCUCGAACCACUGGCCAUCUCCCUUGUUCAUUUGUGUUCUGAGACAAGCCCUUACUGCGUAGCCCAGGCUUGCCUCAAAUUUGCAGUCCCUCACUUCAGACUCCUGUGUGCUGGGAUCACAGUCAUGCGUGGGCCUGCUGACGGACAGGACACCUUUGCCUGCUGCGCCUCGGCUCUGUUUUGUUUUGAGUCCCCCUUCUGUGCCUGACACACCGUUCUGAGUCCCAGCCAUCCUCCUGCCUCUGCCCCACACUUCCACAGGGAAUCUGCUGUUAGCAUGGCAACAUUCCUGGUGCGGGGAGAUGUGUGAUCUACAAGUUUUCACGUCUCAGCCUCGGUGCCUCAGGCCCCUUCCAGGGCUGAACCGUGGCCAUCAUGGCUCCCCUUUUCACAUCCUCCUGUGUUAUCCUGCCUCCGCCCCGUUUCUAUAACGCGAUGCUAGGUGUUGCCACCAAGCAGGACAGCUUCUGCCUCAGGCCCGGCAGACACAGCAGACUGGAGGACUGAGAGCCCCUGUAUGCCAGUGGACCAGGAAAGGCCAUCAUCAGAUCUUGUGCCUGUGCACAGCAGCGCCCACAGCAGCCAGAGGACUGAGGACCAUGCUGAAGCCUCUCGCCUCGGGUCCAGCAGGCUCCUUCCUUCCGCAUCCCCAGUGCAGAGGAACAUUCUGGACUUCCCACAGCACGUGUCCCCGUGCAAGGCCAUCCGCACAGCCAGCACGGAGGCUGACAAGAAGCUCUCGGAGUUCGAUGUGGAGAUGAGCAUGAGGCAGGACGUGUACCAGAGGGUCGUGUGGCUUCAGGAGAAAGUCCCAAAGGACUCCCUGCGGCCUGAGGCAGCACGCUACCUGGAGCGGCUGAUCAAGCUGGGCCGGAGGAACGGGCUCCACCUCCCUCAGGACACACAGGAGAAGAUCAAGAGCAUCAAGAAGAGGCUGAGCCUGCUGUGCAUCGACUUCAACAAGAAUCUGAAUGAGGACACUACCUUCCUGCCCUUCACACGAGAGGAGCUAGGCGGGCUCCCUGAGGACUUCCUGAACUCGCUGGAGAAGACGGAGGAUGGCAAGCUCAAGGUCACCCUCAAGUACCCACACUACUUCCCGCUGCUCAAGAAGUGCCAUGUGCCCGAGACGCGCCGCCUGCUGGAGGAGGCCUUCAACUGCCGCUGCAAGGAGGAGAACUGUGCCAUCCUGAAGGAGCUGGUGUCCCUUCGGGCGCAGAAGGCCAGCUUGCUGGGGUUCCAAACACACGCCGACUACGUCCUGGAGAUGAACAUGGCCAAGACCAGCCAGACAGUAGCCACCUUCCUAGACGAGCUGGCCCAGAAGCUGAAGCCGCUGGGCGAGCAGGAGCGCGCUGUGAUCCUGGAGCUGAAGGAGGCAGAGUGCGCCCGGCGGGGGCUGCCAUUCGACGGGCGCAUCCACGCAUGGGACAUGCGCUACUACAUGAACCAGGUGGAGGAGACGCGCUACCGCGUGGACCAGCACCUGCUCAAGGAGUACUUCCCCAUGCAGGUGGUCACGCGGGGGCUGCUGGCCAUCUACCAGGAGCUGCUGGGGCUGGCCUUCACGCUGGAGGAGGGGCCCGCCUGGCACGAGGACGUGCAGCUCUAUUCCGUGCGCGACGCCGCCUCGGGGGAGGACAUCGGCAAGUUCUACCUCGACCUGUACCCCAGGGAAGGGAAGUACGGCCACGCGGCCUGCUUCGGCCUGCAGCCUGGCUGCCUGCGGCCCGAUGGCGGCCGGCAGCUGGCCAUUGCGGCCAUGGUGGCCAACUUCACCAAGCCCACGCCCGACACGCCUUCGCUGCUACAGCACGAUGAGGUAGAGACCUACUUCCACGAGUUCGGCCACGUCAUGCACCAGCUCUGCUCACAGGCAGAGUUCGCCAUGUUCAGCGGCACGCACGUGGAGCGGGACUUUGUGGAGGCGCCCUCGCAGAUGCUGGAGAACUGGGUGUGGGAGAAGGAGCCGCUGAUGCGCAUGUCCAGGCACUACCGCACGGGCAGCGAGGCCCCUCAGGAGCUGCUCGACAAGCUCAUCAAGUCCCGCCAGGCCAACGCAGGUCUCUUCAACCUCCGGCAGAUUGUCCUUGCCAAGGUUGACCAGGCCCUGCACACGCAAACAGACGCAGACCCAGCUGAGGAGUAUGCCCGGCUCUGCCAAGAGAUCCUUGGGGUGCCUGCCACGCCAGGGACCAACAUGCCAGCCACUUUCGGCCACCUGGCGGGCGGCUACGACGCCCAGUACUAUGGCUACCUGUGGAGCGAGGUGUACUCCAUGGACAUGUUCCAUACGCGCUUCAAGCAGGAGGGCGUGCUGAGCCCCAAGGUUGGCAUGGACUACCGGACCAGCAUCCUGAGGCCGGGGGGCUCUGAGGACGCCAGUACCAUGCUGAAGCAGUUCCUGGGCCGUGACCCCAAGCAGGACGCCUUCCUCCUGAGCAAGGGUCUGCAGGUCGAGGGAAACGAGCCUCCUGGCUGCUGACCGCUCCCCGCUCGCCGCCCUGUGCCUUAGCCCAGCCAGCCUGGGGCCUACGGAUGAGCUGGGGGGUCAUUUUCCACCCUGUCAUACCCGGCUCAAGGUCCCCUGGCCUCAGGCUGCCCCAGUGGCUUCCUUCUUGCACUAGCCCCUCCCCGGCACCUGGUGGUGGACGUGGUUCUCUGUCCUCUGCAGCACAGGCAGCCAUUAAACUUCACACGGGCACCCUGCCUGCCCCUCCCUCUGCACUGCUCUGCCCACAGGCGUGGCCUGCUGCCUUCCCAGUGCUCUGGGCUGUGACAUUUUUGGGUCACAUGACAGUCCAGCUGUUGGGAGGGUGCUAGGGAAUGGUGCCAGGGUUAGCUGCCCAGUGCGUCACUCAGGGUCAUUGUUCUCAACAAGCAGUUUCUGGACCUCUCUGGGGGAAGGUGGGGAGCAAGCCUUGGUGAGGCUCUGCCACUCGCUGGCUGUGUACAGUAUUGCGACCUCUAGCUGCCAUUAAAUCUGCAUUA